AGGAGGCAGCAGACUCUUAUUUGGUUCACCGUUUCCACUUUCACACUACCAUGUUUUCACGGAAAUAACACCUACAGAGCAUUAAAAUCAAUCAAAAUAGAACAAUGAAUGACCGCCAACUUGAUCUCACAGAGGCGCAAAAGGCCAUCAAAUCAAAGUAUCCUCCCAUCAACAAGAAAUACGAGUAUCUUGAUCAUACUGCAGAUGUCCAGAUUCAUUCAUGGGGAGAUUCUCUGGAAGAGGCUUUUGAACAGUGUGCAAUGGGCAUGUUUGGCUACAUGUCGGACACAGAAACUGUUGAACCCACUGACACUCUAGAAGUAGAAUCAGAAGGAGAUGAUAUGGAGUCACUCCUCUUUCAUUUCCUGGGUGACUGGCUAUUCAAGUUCAGCGCUGAUUUAUUCUUCAUUCCCAGGGAAGUCAAGGUUUUGAACAUAGACCGAAUGCGCUGGAAAAUCCGCUCAAUAGGGUGGGGUGAAGAAUUCAACAUAAAUAAGCAUCCGCAGGGAACAGAAGUGAAAGCAAUCACUUACUCUGCUAUGCAAGUACAUGACACGGAGAAACCAGAGAUCUUUGUCAUCAUCGAUAUUUAAAAAACUAAAUACACGUUACAUAUAAUUUAAUGCCUUGUGUGAAUUGUGAUGAUUUUAAAAGAUUGUACCUUCUUGUUGGAAUGGACAUCUGAGAGGUGUCUUUUCUGUAAACUAUGAAAUGUUUUGUGGAUUACAUGGAUGAAAUACUUUUUUUGGUCUGAUUUUCAUUAUUAAUAAUGACAUUAAAGUACCCCUGUUAUGGGUUUUGUGAAAUUGA